AUGUCUGGAAAUUCAAUCCCGAACCUGCUGUCCUUUCGUGGCGCAAGAGGUGGCCGGGGUGGUCGCGGUCGCGGAAGAGGCCCCGGUGGCCCCUCUUCGGGCCCGACUCAUGAUCAGACGAUCCAGGGAACCGACGACGACGCCGCCGGUUCGCGCCUAAGUGCCGUCAACGUGGGAUAUCUCACCGACCCGUACGCCCAGUUCUUCGUCGAUAACGUGGCUGGUCCCCCUCCGAGGAGAUUACCCAUCAUCAACCGAGGCACUUACACGAGAACCGUUGCUCUCGACAACCUCAUUGACAGCUUCUUGGAUGAGCCAGACGGUACACAGUCUAGUUCAAAGCAGAGGCAAAUCAUCUCGCUGGGCGCCGGCACCGACACUCGCCCGUUCCGUCUCUUUCCCAGGGCCAACCGACCUGAGCUUGUCUACCAUGAGAUCGACUUCGCAGUCACUGUUCGGAAAAAGGCACGUAUAGUGCAGUCCGUCCCCCCCUUGCGCCAGGUUCUUGGUGUGCCAUCCGUAGAGGAGGACGGCUCAUGGAAUUCCCAACCAUCCCCAACAGACAAGUACUAUUGUCACUCACGCGACCUUCGCGAGCUUGUACAAGACGCCGCACCGCCCCUCGUGGGUCUCAGGACGGAUAUCCCGACAUUACUGGUAUCAGAGUGCUGUCUCUGCUAUCUUGAGACAUCCGCCACCAAAGACGUUGUGGCAUGGUUCGAGCAGAAGAUCCCUGACCUCGCCAUCAUCAUCUACGAACCAGUCAGGCCCGAUGAUCCUUUUGGCAAGAUGAUGACGUCCAACCUUGCAGCAAGGAGGAUCCGCAUGCCGACUCUGGAAAGCUACAAGCUUCCGCAGGAUCAAACUAAGCGCCUGCGCGAUGCCGGAUUUGAGCAUGCCAAUGCCCUAACAGUUGAGCGCAUUUGGGAGAAUUGGGUGUCGACUGAAGAAAAGGAGCGCGUGGACCGAUUGGAGGGCCUCGAUGAGGUCGAGGAAUGGAAGCUUCUUGCUGACCAUUACAUUGUGGCAUGGGGAUGGAGAGGCUCCGGGUUUGCAAUGGACGACGCAAAUGGGGCGUAG